AUGUACCGCUUCUCGUCGCUCCGCAGCGUCGCUGGACCGGCGCGCAGGCGGUUGGCGAUGCCUGCGUUCGCGCCGCUUCGCUUCGCGCGCGCAUACGCAACCCCAACCGGCCAGCCGCGGCCAGAUGACAACUCUCCGACACCAGCCGGCCUCGAGGGCGUUUUCGGCGGCGGCCGCCGUGGGACCCACAAGCCGGCUGCCAACGGAAAUUCUGGCGAGUCGAACAAGGAAACCACGGAGGGAAAGGAGGACACGUCGGAGCGGAAGCCACUGCGCCUCUCGGACGAGAGCAAGAAGAAGAAGGCGGCGACCGGCGGCGGUGGUGCUGGUGGUAGCGGUGGUAGCGGAGGUGGCGCGCCGAACGGCAACUUUGGCGGGAUGACACCGAACCAGCUCCUCCUUGCCCUCAUUUCCACAUACGCGCUGUACUCGCUCACUUCGCCGGGAUCAGGCAACACCCGCGAGAUCACCUGGCAGGAGUUCCGCAACCAGCUUCUCGCGCGCGGCCUCGUGUCGUCCCUAGAAGUUGUCAACCGUAACAAGGUCCGCGUCCACUUGCACAACCCUAUUGCGUCCUCCAACACCACCGGUUCGACGUCAACGGGCGCCGGGCCGCAGUCCCCUACCGCAGGCCCCGCGCCUUACGUCUUUACUAUCGGCUCGCUCGAGGCGUUCGAGAACCUGCUCCGCGAGACGCAGGACGAGCUCGGCAUUCCCCCUGCCGAGCGUGUUCCCGUGUCGUACCACGACGAGACGUCCAUGAUCAACAUCGCUAUGCAGAUGGCACCGACCAUUCUCUUGAUGGGCUUCUUCAUCUGGAUGGCGCGCCGGACGACUAGCGGUAUGGGCGGCGGUGGCCCCGGUGGCAUGUUUGGCGUUGGCAAGUCCAAGGCCAAGCAGUUCAACGAGGACAUGGACGUCGGCGUCCGGUUCAAGGACGUCGCUGGUAUGGACGAGGCCAAGGAGGAGAUUAUGGAAUUUGUCAAGUUCCUCAAGGAGCCAAGCAAGUACGAGAGGCUUGGUGCCAAGAUCCCUCGCGGAGCCAUCCUUUCGGGUCCUCCCGGUACUGGUAAGACCCUCCUGGCCAAGGCUACCGCUGGUGAAGCCAAGGUCCCCUUCUUCUCAGUCUCGGGUUCCGAGUUCGUCGAGAUGUUCGUCGGUGUUGGUCCGUCGCGUGUGCGUGACCUCUUCGCGCAGGCCAAGAAGAACGCCCCAGCCAUCGUCUUCAUUGACGAGAUCGACGCCAUCGGCAAGGCCCGUGGCAAGGGCGGCAACUUUGGCGGCAACGACGAGCGCGAGUCGACGCUCAACCAGCUCCUCGUUGAGAUGGACGGCUUCGGCACCAAGGAGCACAUUGUCGUACUGGCUGGUACCAACCGACCGGAUGUGCUUGACCCGGCUUUAAUGCGCCCCGGCCGUUUCGACCGUCACAUUGCCAUCGAUAGACCGGACAUUAGCGGCCGUCGCCAGAUCUUCAAGGUCCACCUCGGCCCGAUCGAGCUCUCGCCCGACCUGAAGAUUGACGAUGUUGCGGCGAAGCUCGCGCUUCUUACUCCCGGCUUUUCGGGUGCCGACAUUGCCAACGUGUGUAACGAGGGUGCUCUCCGUGCGGCGCGUCGCGGCGGCGACAACGUGACGUGGGCCGACUUUGACGGCGCUAUCGAGCGAGUGAUUGCCGGCCUCGAGCGCAAGUCGCGCGUGCUUGGCAAGAAGGAGAAGAAGACGGUCGCGUACCACGAGGCUGGCCACGCCGUGUGUGGCUGGUUCCUCGAGCACGCCGACCCGCUACUCAAGGUGUCGAUCAUUCCCCGUGGCGUCGGUGCGCUCGGCUACGCGCAGUACCUGCCAAAGGAGCGCUUCCUGUUCUCGACGCAGCAGCUGCAGGACCGCAUGUGCAUGACACUUGGUGGACGUGUGGCUGAGGAACUCUUCUUUGGCGAGAUCACGACUGGCGCGCAGGACGACUUGCAAAAGGUCACCAAGACGGCGUUUGAGGUCUGUGCCAACUACGGCAUGAACCCCGAUAUUGGCCCAGUCUCGUUCGGCAACAGAGAGCAGCAGAACGAGGGCCUCCAGAAGCCCUUCUCCGAGAAGACUGCCGAGGCCCUUGACAUGGCCGUCAAGAGGAUGAUCACGGACGCACACAAGCGCACCACUGAGCUUCUCACCAAGCACAAGCCCGAGGUUGAGAAGGUUGCCAAGCUCCUGCUCGAGAAGGAGGUCAUAAGCCGCGAGGACAUGCACGAUCUCCUCGGCAAGCGCCCCUUCGAGAACCAGGACGAGAUGGACGAGUACAUUGAGCAACAGCUCGACGAGAAGAAGAAGGAGCAGGACGCGCAGACCAAGGACCAGGGCGCGCCCGUGAUGGCCAUCAAGCGCAUGGAUAUCAAGCAGCUCGAGUAUUAG